AUGGCCAACAAUCCUCUUCCAUUAUUAAUGGACUACUCAGAUGAAGAAGACUACAUAGACAUUGAAGUCUUGAGCUCUUGCUCUUACUUUUCAUCGUGUCCUAAUUCUACCCCUCUAAACAGAGAAUUUGAAUUCCAAAUGGCCUCAAUUACGAAUAACAAAGAAUCCACAAUUGCUCCUGCUGAUGAACUCUUUUAUAGAGGCAAACUCCUUCCACUCCACCAAAAAUCCCAACGAAUAGCGCCCUUUGAAGAAGAUUUAGAAGAAGAAGAAGAAGAAAGCUUUUGCAUAAACUUCUUGAUCGCUCCAAUUAGUUCUGCAUCACAAUCUUGUAGGGUGAGUUUUGAAUUUAAUCCAAAUGACCUCUUCUUUGAGCGUUCUAGGACUGAACUCACCAUUAGUAGCCAUAAUAAAAGUCCUAACAAAUUGUGGUCUAAGCUUAUUAACCAAUCUUUAAUCAACCAAAAGUUCAAAGCUUCAAAGGCAUUCCUCAAAUCUUUGUUUAGCAAAUCUUCUUGUUGUAGUGAGGACUUGAAAGUUUCCAAGAAAACAACCCCAUUUAGAAAUACUGCUAAGAACAUUGAAGGUUUGUCUUCAAGAUCAUUUUCAGAAGCAGAAACUAAGUGGCAUCCUCCCAUAAAGGGUUUGUCUUCCUCUUCAACUAAUUCUUCCUCUAGUACUGGUGGCUCUUUCUCAUCAUCUAGUUGUUCCUUCAACUCCAAUAAUGGUUUUUAUGAGUUGAAUUUCCUCAAGAGAAGCAAUAGUUUCACUUCAGGGUUUGAAGGUUCAAUUGAGGCUGCUGUUGCUCAUUGUAAAAAGUCCCUCGAGUGUAGCUGGGCUUAG